GUUCAAAUGGAUCUGAUCUUGGUGAUUCUGAAGAUGAUGGAACAUUGGAUCACUCGUUGUUGGAUGUCAUGGAGCGCGUGGAUGUGGAAGGAGAGGGUGAAAGCCCACUGGUUGCCAGAAAAGCAACACCUCCACCUCCCAUCAGGACGCCGGUAGCUGCCAGUCGAAACAGACGCGUAAAUAGUGCUGGCUCAUCUCCCCGAACAAGCAGAACCAAUACAAGUGGUGGUGGCGGUGGCAGGAGCCUGUUGCAGCGGCGGAUCAAGGUGGAAGCAGAGGAGGAGGUCAGUGACAUCUUCCCUUCCUCUUGCACGACCACAGGGAGCAGCUUCACAGCAUCAAGUGGUGGACAGAAUUUCCAGCAGCUCACUAACAACAUCACCAUGCCCAAGACUACUAAUUCAACAUACUCUGGCAGACAUAUCACGGCAGCCACUCUGUCAGAUCUCGACGGUAUCGACAUGAUGAAUCUCCCUGUAGAUCUGGAUGAGUCACCAAAUGAUCCCAUGGAUAUAAAUCUCGAUGAUAUCAAACCAACACCUGAGCUGAUGCAAGAGACACACGCCUGUUUUUUCUCAUUGAUACGAGACGUGAUCUGCUCAACGCCAGACCAUCGUAUGAGUCUUGCAACAUUGGAGGACCGGCUGAAAGCCUGGCAAGAGAAUCCGAUUUCCCCUCUCAAUGACUGGUACUGCAGAGCUGCUGACUCGUGGCUCCUUAUGCUUCCCUCUGCUAUCAGCUUCUUGUCAGGAGACUUUCCAGAUGCACAACCUGAAGACUUUGUGCCUUACGUUGAGUACAAAGCCAACUUACAGACGUAUCAGUGGAUAGGGGCAGGUCGCGACUCGGACUCUCAUCUCCAACCAUUGUGUCAGCAUUGGCUAGACCAUCGUGAUGAAAUGACCGCUCGGCCCACAAAGGAAGACGAGGUGGAGGAGGAAACGGGAGAGGGCAUCGGAGAGGAGAGAGUAUCUUCUCCUCCUCCUCCUCGCUGUCCGACCACAUGGGUUGUGCAUCCCACCACUCCUGAAGAAAAAGAGUGCUUUAGGGAACAGGAGAGGCUUCGUUAUGAGAAUCCACACCGAGCCUUCACAUUCCGAAUGCACAACUAUGAGUCUGUUGUCGGACCUGUGAAAGGAGUGUACAACCACAGCAUAGGUGUAAAUAAGGCUCGUGAGCACUCUCUUCUGGUGGCUGAGCGGCCAAAUUUUGUCACAAUUCUGGCACUUGUGCGAGAUGCCACUGCAAGGUUGCCAAAUGGGGAGGGAACCCGUACAGAUAUUUGCGAGCUGCUUAAAGAUUCUCAGUAUCUUACCCAACUAUCACAGGAUAACUACCUCCAUUCUGUAGUGAGCGGUGCACUGGAUCGUUUGCACUACGAAACAGAUCCAUGUGUCAAAUAUGACACCAAGCGAAAAAUAUGGACCUACUUGCACCGGGGACGUACUGAGGAAGAAUUUGAACGUCUUCACCAGCAACAGCAAGGUGUGGCAAAGACAAAGAAAUCAUCAAGCCAGCGGAAGGCGAGCCGCAGCAAACAGCAGAAAGAAAGUGCAGCUGCUGUAAAAGAGGCUGCCGCAAGUAUUACCACCACAGUCUCUCAGAUCAAAAUGGAGUUAUCUUCGACACCCACAACACAGUCAACAGCAUCUACACCAUCCGCUCUCCCCACACUCCCAACACCUGCAGUCCAGACUAGCCUUCCUGCUGUCACCACAGUCUCGGCAGAAACUGUGCCUGUGGGUGCAGCACCUGCCAAACCUGUCUCAACGCGUGCCUCUCGAGCUUCUGUUAUGCCAAGGACCUUCACUCUCGCACCAGGACAGGUAGUUCAAAAUCUCCAAGUGUCUGCAUCACCUGGGCUCCAGACAAUACAGGUGACGACAUCACCAACUAUACUGGCUGGUGGAGUGGCAGCUGGGAAGUCCCUUCUCACAGCUCCAGUCAGUCAACAGCAGCAGCUGACUGCAGCAUCAAUAGUCAAGACCGUCACCAUGACACCACAAGCAACAAGUCAGGUGUCCACAACCAGCACCACUCCCGUAUUGAAAACUGUAACACUAACCCCUCAGCAGAUGCAGGCAAUGAAUGCUGCAAGAGCAAUAACAGGGGCAGGACUUCGGGACCCUGUUACCCUUAAGACUAAUACUACCAACCCCACAACAGCCUUGAGGACGCCAACCUCAUCAUUGGUUGGAAACAUAACUUCCUCUUCUUCAUCAUCAUCUUCCUCUUCUUCUUCGCCCUCAUCACAAGUUAUAAACUCAACGACCGUAGCCACAGCUGCUGUGGCUACAGCCGUUACCUCGACGUCAUCUUGUACUGUUCAGCAGCAGAAGGGGCUCGUGACCAGCCGACCCACUGCCCAGCCAUCUCUCUCCAGUCCAAAAGCUCUGGUGAAUGCCACAUCUGCUCAGCUGGUGAAUGUUUCACAGAUGCAACUGGUUGGAUCGAAGAGUCCCCAGCCUGUUGGCACCACCAAACCAGUGCUGACAGCAGGAGGGAAGACCCUUGUCACGACAAGUCUGUCAGGUGUGAAGCUAGUGAAUGCUGUGAAGGCCAUCACAACCCCAGAUGGAACCCAACAGCAGACAAUCUUCAUUAAACAACAACAACAGCAGCAGCAACUGCCAGAACAACAGCAACAACAGACAAUAAUUGGGACUAUCCAGCAGCAGCCACAGUUGUUGCAGCAACAUGCCAAUAAGCAGGCUGCAGCAAUUGCCCAGCUUCAGCAACAGCUAAAACAACAGCUCCAGCAGCAACAGAAACAACAACAACAGCAGCAGCAGCAGCAAGUUGUGAGUGUAGGGGCCUCAGCUGUGACCCCCACUUCACAGCGUGUCAUUAGCACCAUGUCCAUCCUGGGUCAGGGCCAGACCCAGCCUCGCGUAAUGGCUAGAGUUGGUGGGAAACCAAUUCCUGUAUCGCACAUGACGCUGCCAACACAACUGCAACAGCAGGGUGCAGCAUGUGUGACAACAAGUGCUCAGCCUGUGUCAGGUGCUGCCACUAUCGUGAAACAACAGCAGCAGCAAACACAGCCUAUGGUCGCUAAAGUAUUAACAAGUGCUCAGGGACAGGUGAUCUCCAUGGAGAGCUUGCUGGCACACCAGAAACAGCACGGUACAUUGCCACAAGGCACAGCACUUCGUGUGACAACUGGAGGAAAACCUGGACAAACAAGCCUGAUUCAGAUACCUAGUAGCACACAAUUUGCAGUUGUGUCUCAAGGCAACUUACUGUCUGUGGGUCAGCCACGAGUGAUUCAGACCCAGCUGACCAGUCAGCAGUCCCUUGCCACAACAGCGGGUAUACAGCAGCAACAAGUCACAAAACUCGUCACAGCCGCAGGCAAACCUGUGGUCGCAGGAGCUGCAACUACAGCGACUGCCAACUUGCGCAUGAUAGGGCCAGCAGCUGGUGGACUCAACCUGGCCCACAUUGGUGGCAAACCUGUGUUACUUGCCAGUAAAGCUCAGUCUACACCCAUACAGGGACCAACUGGCCAGAACGUAAUCCUGACAUCACAAGCUACGGGUGGCCAGACGGUUGUAUUAGCAUCACAAGCAUUGCGAGCACAGGGUGGGACUCUGGUGCUUCAGCAGGGAGGUGCUCAACAGAUAUUGCUGCCACCUGGUUUUCAAGGAGGGACUCUCAAUAUUAAGACCCUGCAAGGUCUGCAAGGCCUUCAAGGCCUAAAAGUGAUCCCUUUGUCACAAGCAACUGCUGCAGCAAGCAACAAAGGUCGACAACAAGUUUAUGCUCGGAUCAUCAGCCCUGGGCUGAGACCAGCUGCUACCAACAUUGUCCACCAAAACACAGCUACAGCAAUGACGUUGCAAAGUACCACCAGUGAAGCCAGUCCUGCCAAUCCGCAGCUGGGAGCAGGUCCCUCUAGCAAUAUGGAGCAAUAGACACUAACACAAAGAGAGAAAGAGCAAGAUUUUUUCCUUGCAAUCAACACAGUUUGUAUGAGAAGAGUUAUUGUUCGGACUCUUGCAAAAUGGAGAUAAAUUAUGUGAAAUUAUAAAGCAGAAUCUUGUUUUAUCAGUGAUUGAUAAUGAUACUGCAAUAAAAAUAAGAUAAGUGUUGUAGUUUAUAUGUUAUGAUAUUGUAACCAUUUGUAAAUAGUAGGUUGUCUCACUGCGUGCUUCCUCAAGUAUUAACUGUGCAUUUGGUUUUUUUUUUUUUAACUCUCACAAGACUGUAGUAUCACAGACAUUGUCAUACAGUGAACGUUCUUUUUAGAGCUUUUUGAAAUGUUGGUGCUGUUGGAGCCAUAGUUUUCUCCUCCUCUGCUUGUUUCUGAUGCACACUAUUAUCUGUUUAUGAAUUAAGUGUUCAAGAAGCAUGGAACUGGAAUGUAGUGUGCUGCUAUGAUACGGAAAUGCUACAUUGUAUACAUACUCUGUAUGAUUGUCUUUGUGUUGUAAACAGAGGGGAAAUGUAGGUUGUUUGAGAACAUGGUACAAAGGAAAGUUUAGUGGAACCCCCAUUUAAAGUUUCUUUUGGGAGCAAUGAAUUUGAGCAUUAAACUGAAGAAUAUAUUAAAUAGAUGGAAUUGAGAUUAGUGAUUUGUGAUCAUAAUAAAGAGCUUGAUAAUU